GUAGAAGAAGACAAACAUCAUAUUCGAAAGAUGUCGGCGACCAGGGAAAAGGAUGGUCGACCUGGGAAACCGUCAGGAAAGGAAUCUCAACCUUUGAUUAUAGCCAAAACUCCGGCAGAGGAGCAGCGCCUUAAAUUGGAGAGAUUGAUGAGAAACCCUGAUAAACCUGCUCCUAUCCCAGACCGACCAAAAGAAUGGAACCCUCGGGCUCCUCCGGAGUUUGUGCGGGAUGUGAUGGGCUCCAGUGCAGGCGCUGGCAGUGGAGAGUUCCAUGUGUACAGACACCUUCGCAGGCGAGAGUAUCAGAGACAGGACUUCCUGGACAAGAUGACUGAGAAGCAAAAGAUGGAUUUGGACUAUCUUGACAAGGUGUCAGAUAACCAACAGGCAGCUGAUGUAAGAACAGCCAAACGCAGGAAGAAAAGGGAAAAGCUGAAGCAGAAGAAGCUUAUGGCAAAGAAAGCCAAGCAGGAAGCCAACAACGUUGAAGAUUCUGAGAAGUCCUCCUCCAGCAGUGAAGAGGACGACCAGGAGAGGGAGGAUGAUGCAGAGGCGCCCAGCUUCGUCAUGGGGAAGAGGUGAAUGCCUGCCACCGGGUCAUGAGACACACUUCAGGAAGAAAUUGAACAGGGGGGUCAAUAUCUAAUACCUGUUUAGAAAUCAACACAGCUGAGCAACACAGCCCAGCUUUUAUCAAUGUCAUGAACUCCAUAGACAUCUGAGAGAGAACAAAGGGAGAUGAGCCUCUGUUAGGGAACUGACAUUAUUCCAAACUCAUGUUUGUAGUUUAGAGCAGUGUUACCUGGCCCUGGUCCUCGGGUACCGCCAACCGUACACAUUUUUUGUUGUAGCCCUGGACAAACACACCUCAUUCAACUCAUUGAGGGCUUGACGAUGGGGGUACUCAAGGAACAGGGUUGGGUAACACUGGUUUUAGAGGACCCUGUUCCAAUUCAGUGAUUCGAGGUUGACAAAGCUGGGUUUCGCAUUUAUUAGGCACCAAACAGAGGAAAACUGACUGAAACAGGGAGGAAUACCUGAACUUGAAAUGCUCCUAUAAGAAAUACAUAUUUUUGUUUUCUGUUGCAAAACCUUUUGCUACAGUGUGACCUAAUGAAUGCAAUGAUACAGGUGUUUCUCAUUUGAAACAUUUUCUUUUGUGUGGUAUAAUUGCUCACUUGUUUAUUAUUUUAUACUGUACUUGUGUAUAUAUUUUUAAUAAACAUCUGGGAAGAAUAAGGCCUA